UAUCUUUUUAUGCAAGCUUUAGCAUAAAACAGACUGAAGAAGAGUUAGGCCUCCCAGUUUUCAGGGUUCAGCCAUGGCAGCUCGCAGAAUCUCUUCCUUGCUCUCUCGUACACUCUGUGCUUCUUCUCCUUCGCUGCUUCACUCUCUAGGAAAAAACUCUUGCAGGGGAAGAGGCAUCAGCAGGUUUAGCACUGCUGCUGUACUUGAGGAGCCAAUCACUCCACCUGUUCAAAUAAAUUACACUCAGAAUCUAAUCAAUGGGCAAUUUGUAGAUGCAGCAUCAGGAAAAACAUUUCCAACCUACGAUCCUCGUACUGGAGAAGUGAUUGCCAAUGUUGCUGAAGGUGAUGCGGAAGAUAUCAACCGUGCCGUUGCUGCUGCUCGCAAGGCAUUUGAUGAGGGACCAUGGCCCAAGAUGACUGCUUAUGAAAGGUCGCGGAUAUUGUUGCGCUUUGCUGAUUUGGUCGAGAAACACAGUGAUGAGCUGGCAGCUCUAGAGACAUGGAACUGUGGGAAGCCCUAUGAACAAUCUGCCAAAUCAGAAUUACCAAUGCUGGUUCGCAUAUUCCACUAUUAUGCUGGUUGGGCUGAUAAGAUCCAUGGACUGACAGUUCCUGGUGAUGGAAAAUAUCAUAUUCAAACAUUGCAUGAACCAAUUGGUGUUGCUGGUCAAAUUAUUCCAUGGAACUUUCCUCUUAUCAUGUUUGCUUGGAAAGUUGGACCCGCUCUAGCAUGUGGUAAUACUAUUGUUCUAAAGACUGCAGAGCAAACACCUCUGACCGCACUUUACGUAGCGAAGCUGUUCCUUGAGGCUGGUCUUCCCCCAGGUGUUCUGAAUAUAGUUUCUGGCUAUGGUCCAACCGCUGGUGCGGCUCUUGCCAGCCAUAUGGAUGUGGAUAAGCUUGCUUUCACAGGAUCUACCAAAACUGGUCAGAUUGUUCUUCAAUUGGCUGCAAAAAGCAAUCUUAAGUCAGUGACCUUAGAGCUUGGAGGGAAAUCACCUUUCAUAAUAUGCGAAGAUGCUGACAUUGACCAUGCUGUGGAGCAAGCGCACUUUGCUUUGUUCUUUAAUCAGGGACAAUGUUGCUGUGCUGGGUCUCGUACUUAUGUACAUGAACGUGUAUAUGAUGAGUUUGUGGAGAAGUCAAAGGCACGUGCCAUUAAACGUAUUGUUGGUGAUCCUUUCAAGAAGGGUAUUGAACAAGGUCCUCAGAUCGACUCAGAGCAGUUCCAGAAGGUCCUUAGGUACAUAAGGUCAGGCAUUGAAAGCAAUGCAACCCUUGAAUGCGGAGGUGACAGAUUUGGCACCAGAGGAUACUUCGUUCAGCCUACUGUCUUCUCAAAUGUUCAGGACGAUAUGUUGAUAGCACAGGAUGAGAUCUUUGGCCCAGUGCAAUCCAUAUUGAAGUUCAAGGAUAUCAAUGAUGUGAUAAGAAGGGCAAAUACGACACGCUAUGGUCUAGCUGCUGGAGUUUUCACCAAGAGUGUAGAAACUGCCAACACAGCGAUGCGGGCAUUGAGGGCUGGGACUGUUUGGAUUAACUGCUACGAUGUGUUUGAUGCUGCGAUACCAUUUGGUGGAUACAAGAUGAGUGGCAUCGGCCGGGAAAAGGGAAUCUAUAGCCUUCACAAUUACUUGCAAGUGAAGGCAGUUGUUACUCCUCUGAAAAAUCCAGCGUGGUUAUAGUUUUUUGAGUUUCACCAUGUCCUUGCCUUAGCUUCACUGCUCAGAACGGUAAUAUCAUAAGAAAGUAUGGUUGUAAUUAUGCAGUAAGUGACCAUAUCCUUAAGAGAACUAGCUCAUUUCACUUGGUUGCUCAAAGGACAGUUUGAUUGAGUAUAUAUGAAUGGUGUUGUA